CGCGCUUGAAAGCUUCGGCGUGGUCGCUGGUGAAGCGCACAUUCGACUUUAACUUGGUGAAGUUGUCAUAGUUCUCGUGCUGGGCGGAGUUUGGGAACGCAAACGCCUUCGAGAUGUGCAAAACAUCGGCGUCAGUGUCGGUGAACCCAUAUACCGGACCGUUUCCGGCGGUCGGGUUCGCGAUCUUGAAGAUCACAGAGGCGUCUAACUGCACAGCAGCGGUGCUUGGCUUCUGAAUGGCGGUUUUAGUGGACAUUGUUGUGUGGGGCGAGUUGAUUCAGAUUGCUGGCGCCUAAGUCUCGGUUUUCAUAUAGGCAAAUUUCGCAGAAUUUUUCGCGCCGUGUAAACGCCAGCACUAAGUGUGAUCCAUGCAGGUUAUCAGAAAUAUUUGAUGGCGACUGUUUUAUAGUUAUCUUAGCAGUUGAAGAUAUUAUGUCGGGAAAUUCUGAGAUUCCUGCGCUUUGUGACGCAUGUUUAGGGCCUAACCCUUACGUCAAGAUGAUGAGACAAGCCAGCGGUGCUGAGUGUAAGGUGUGCACGCGUCCCUUCACCGUUUUUCGCUGGACCGCGGACAAAUCCGGGGCCAAUGGCGGGCGUGCGCGCAAGACCCUUAUUUGCAUGACCUGCGCGCGUGCGAAGAACUGCUGCCAGCUGUGUAUGUUGGACCUCACCUAUGGGAUAUCUCUCCAGAUCAGAGACACUGCCUUAGCGAUGGCUGGCGUCGCCAACGAACACGGGGACUUGCCGUCCUCCACCCACACUGAGACCCGGGCCAUCAUCGCAGACAAGCAGCAAGAGAGAUUCCAGACCCAAGACAAGAAGCUCCUCGAGCCAGCAUACACAGACCAGGCAAAAGACCUUUUGCGGCAGCUAGCGUCCAAAAUAAGUGCCAAGAACGCGGCCAUUACCAGCGUGCACAAGGUCUCUAAGCCGGCGACAGCUGUGGAUGUGCCUAAGCUCGUCCAGAAGUUGCCGUUUCAGGUUCCGUUGGUUCCAGCGCAGCCCGGGACGUCUUUCUUCAUCUACGGGAUCGAAGAUCGCUUAUCGCAGCACUUGAUCCAGGAUUUCUUUGAGGAGAAGUUUGGAAAACUUGCCUCGAUACUCGUGGUGCACAAUGCCAAGUGUGGCUAUAUCAACUUCAAGACUCGUGCCAGCGCUGAGCAAUGUGCAAAUUCGGACCUCAUCAAGAAACCGAGAGCUGACGGUCCGGGGCUCUUUGUAUUGCAGAACGUCCCAUUGCGAAUCACUUGGGGUAGGGUUAUGAAACAGCUCGCGGUGAAGGACAGAGGACAGGCUGAGAGAGAAGCCAAGGCACCGGCUCUGGAGGGGAAGGUGAAAAGGAUGGCGGUACCGCCUCCACCAGGAAGUAAGACAGUGUACAAGACUACCAGUGCCAACUACGAGGUGUGACCCAUGAGAGUUCCAACGCAUGUGCUGAUCUAGGAGGGUUUACUCCUGCAUUUGUAAUAGGUCAACAUACGAGAUCGCGAUGGGUACACAGAGGUUUCCGAGUUAGCG